UGUGGUGGUUCAGGGUGCGUUUGUAGAAGUCCGGGCGUGUUGUGACUGAUCUGUAUAAGUUGUAGGAUGGUCAGAGUGCGUUUUACAAUGGCCAGAGUGCGUGGUGAAUGUUGGGUCUGGUGUGGGCGGUAGUCGGAGGAGAGGAGAGGAGCAGAGAAGGUGAGCACCACCCCCGCUGCAGCGCCCGCAUCGCCAGUCACGCCGCCUUCGGUGCAGCUGCUGAUUCCCCAGUUACCACCAUCUUCUUCAGCACACCUGCAGCGUUACCAGACUCUUCAGUCGCCGCCGUCUGUACAUCUGUCUCACCACCUGCCUCCCCCACCUCCAAGGUACACAUUGCUCCCCGCAUAGCGUUUCCUGAUGGCUUCCUUGGCCAUGCUGCUGGGGCUGCUGGUGCUGGCCCCCGCAGUGUUUAUGUGUCCUGCCCCUGGAGUCAGUGACCAACAGAUCUUGAAGGAUAAUCCUCAUCUCCGCGAGCUGUUUAUGCGCUACGCCGAAGGUACUGGCGUCAUCACGCCGGAGGGGCUGCAGAAGCUCUUGAAUAAUCUAGGUAUUGGUGUGAACCAUCACCAUGGUCAUGAGCACCACUCGGAUGACGACCACGUCACCCACGACCAUCAUCCAGAGGACCACAGGUGCUCUGGUAUUCGUCUGGGUGGCGACCACAGCCACUCUGGUGACGACCCCAAGCACGCUGCUGUAGAUAACAAAGACGCGCACGACGACAAUGGGCGCAGUAACCACUUCGAGGACGACCACGGCCACUCUAAGGACCACGCUCAACACGACCAAAUGGAUUACAACAACGCCCGUCAAAACGACAGGCCUUACCCUAUAGACAACAACCACAGGAACGACAACCGAAAAAGAAGUGUGGGUGAGACGACCAGCGGUAGUGAUGCGCAUCCCUACGACCACAGUGAUGACCACGGGCACCACGACCAUGAGCACCACGACCACGGGCACCACGACCACGGGCACGAGGAAGAUGCAGGGAGAAAGGACAGCCAAGAGCACACUGCAGAUAACACUAGAGGAGGCAGGGGCGUCACCUCGGCACGACUUCGAGCCAAUGGUACCUCCUCGGCAACGGCGCCAGAGGGAGGAACUAAGUUUGACGGGAUUGUUGACUUACUAUUGGGAUCGGGAUUAUCUGCCGGUGAUUCUGUUACGGCUCGUGGAUUCCUGGAUUUAUGCCCAGGGAUUGUCAACUACUUGGACAUAUGCACCAUGGAGAGUCAGCACAGUGAUCCACAUAACCAUGGUGAACUUGAGCACUCACAUGGCCAUCGCCGUGGCUAUAAACACGAUGGUGAUGAAUUUACUGCAGAGAGUUGGAUCGGGGCUGUAACAAGCAUGAUUGUCAUUGGACUGGUGGGGUUGGCGUGCAUCAUGCUGAUUCCUGCACUGAAACGAGUCCAAUAUUACGACCAAGUUAAUCAGUUCUUGAUGGCCCUGGCUGUUGGAACGUUAGCAGGAGAUGCCCUAAUCCAUCUCCUCCCUCAUGCUAUCAGCAUGGAAGUUCCACAAGGUAGCAAUCCCCAUGUACUGCAUUCAUUUUAUGGCUUCACAGCACUAGGAGGGAUAAUUUUAUUCCUCUUCUUGGAACGGUUCCACAACAUGUUUUGUGGGAAUGGCCAUGCACAUGGGCAUAGUCAUGAACUUCCAGGAGAUCUUACAAAGAGUAAGGAGGAGGUAGAUAAGGAAACAGUAGAGACAGCAACAACCAUAGAAGAUACUGGAAGUCAUACUAACGAGAAGAUAGGUGAAAAGCUCUCAAAACAUUCCAAACAUAAUUCCUUCAUAUAUGCAGAAAGCACAAUGACACUUGAUGCCCAAAACUGCUUUGAGGGUUGCAGUUCCAGCCCAAGUAGUGAUGCAAAUGGGAACACUGGUAAUGGCUUAGAAAAGACCAGGUUUGGGGAUGAUGAGCCAGGAUCAGUACCUGAGGAUACUGAAGUUACUUGUAUUGAAAAAUCCAUAGAAAAGGAGAAGCUGGCAUCCAAUGCAGCAGAGAGAGAAAGAUUAGUUACUACUCCAGCAGAAAAAUCUGAAAUGGGUGGGGAACUGUCCCUCAUAUUAAACACGCCUUCUGUGCGUCCCAAAGUUUUAAGACAGAACAGCAGCAGCUUUAACAUGGUACUUCAGGAGUAUCAUGUUGGUCACCAUGGUCACUCUCAUCAUGGACACUCUCAUGUUACAGGUCGUAAGGAUUCCCUUCGGGCCAUGAUAUUAGUCGGCGAUGCCUUGCACACAUUUUUGGAUGGUAUGGCCAUUGGAGCAGCAUUUGGAACUAGUAUAACAGGAGGAGUAGCCACCUCUAUUGCUGUACUUUGUCAUGAGCUUCCACAUAAAGUUGGGGACUUUGCCUUGCUGUUUGAGAUGGGCAUGGAAAAGGCUCAGGCUGUGAAAAUGAUGGGGAUGCUGUGGAUCUUCAGCUUAGGUGGAGUUGUCAUGGGAGUCCUGUUAGGUUCCAUUCCUACUGCCUCACCUUGGAUUUAUUCUUUCACUGCUGGAGUCUUUAUCUACUUAGCUUUAGUAGACCUGUUGUCAGAGCUCCCAGUGAAUCGAGGCGAGAAAUUUAGCGUGGCACUCCAAAUGUUUCUUCAGGGCCUUGGGAUGUUGACAGGUGCCACCAUUAUGCUCUUCAUUGCUAUCUAUGAACAUGACUUAGAAGAUCUGCUCAACCGCUCAUUUUGAUGAUGUGAUUAUAUUUUGUGAUGUGUGUUAGUGUGAAAUGUGGGUUUACUUGGGCUUGUUGUAUAAGCUCCUGUGUGUGGGUACUUCUGGUUAGUUGCAGUGGAAAUGAUCAGUGAAAUAAUCUUUUGGAGUACUUUCUUUCAAGCCCAAAACUUGAUGUGUAAUGGAAUUGGUCACUGGUGAUAUGAUACAGCAUAAAUAAGAAAUAUGAAUAUGGGUGUUAUUCCACUGAGGAAGCACAAGUCCCAAGCCAUGUUAAUGUUGUGGAGCUAGAUCAUUUGAGAAAUCUUGAUAAUGUAGCCUAAACCUACUGUAUAUCUAGACUUUGCACAGCCAUUUACAUGAGUAAAUCACUUAGAUUGAAACUGAAUUGAAAACUUGCCUUAAAAUAAUCUCAGAUCUCAUGCAAUAUGUGUUGGUGUUACAGUGUAAGUUCCUAUGGUGCUUUUUUAUUUCUGUUUUUUCUUCUCAGGAGGAAGGGUAGAUAGAUAUUCAUUGUAGAUUUAAUUUUUAGGAAUAAUGAACAUUGUUUUACUUUUGAAACUAAGCCAUAUUAUCAUGGUUUAUGGUUAUCUAUAAAUGCAUGGAGAACAUUGUGUUAAGUAUUUUGGUAGUGAUGCAGCUGUAGCUCAUCAUAUAUUAUAUACUCCAGUUUGAUAGUUAUUUUUUAAGUGUGGUAGAUUGCAGAGGGGCCAUUGCUAACAUUUAUUUGUAUUCCAUUUUACUGAUGAAAACGCUUAUUAUUUAUGCCUACACAAGACAUCUGUUACCUUCUUUCUUACUGUAUUCAGAUUUGCCCAUGCAUUUUACUUUGUUCUUGAAAGUCAUGACUGUUCCAUGAAUGGUAGCUAUUUCAGUGAAGUUACAAUACUGAUUUUUAGUCAUUGUCAUUAUUUCAUUAUCAGCAUUACCUGCUAUGUGUAGAGAACAAGACGAUAUAGGUAAGAGUGUGAAAAAUUAAGGAGUUUCAACUGCACUGGUACAUCUUAUGUACUUAAAAUGGUCUAUAAAGAUCAAAUCUUUACAAUGUAGUAGUUUCUGGAUAUGUUACCUGCCAUUUUAUGUCAAGUGGUGGACCUCAUGUUUUACUGUUGCAUUUAUCUUCUUGGUUUUCCCUUAAAGAUGUAAUUAGAUGAUCAUUCUCGCCAGGAAGAUACAUAAAUUAGGUGCUGACGUAUGUAGAAACUUGUAUAAAGAAUCUCAAAAAACUGAAUAUUUUUAACUAAUAAAAAUAGUGAAACAAAGAUACUGUGAAGUAUUAUGGUGUUUCUGACUAGAUUUAGUGGUAGUCUCUAUAGCAUGGGAGAAUUAUCCCUGCACUGUUGGUAAGCAGAAGAGAUUUGAACCUCAUUUGACAUUGAUCAUGACCCCCAUAUAUUUGCAACUCAUAUUUUACUAUAGCCUGAGGAUAUUUCAUUCACAGCUUAUAGGUGUCAACUUACUUUGUAAUUAGGAUUAAGCUGAUUGAGUAGAGCAAGUUUACCGUUUAUUUCAUAAUACAUUUUUUUAUGUGUUUAGAGUCAAAGUUGGUGUAUAAUGUGUACUGUAGAAGAUUAGUUUUGUAUUGAAAGAUUCUGUACAAUGUUAAUGAAUGUAAUGGUAUAAGUGGAAACUCUAUUAAAUGUAUCAAAUGUAAAUGUUUUCUGGUAAAACUAAAGGAACAUUUUUUACAGGUCAACAAAUAUUGGAAGGUGAAGGACUGGUAAUGACAAUCAGUUUAAACUUAAAAGAGGUUAAUGAAAGUAACAGACCGGGUUCAUGGAAAAUGUGUAAUUAAAAAAAUAUAUAUCCGAGGUCUGAUCGAAAAGUAUCCGACCUUUAGCAGGUGAAAAAAAAACAAGCUUUCUUACUGAGUUCAAACUUUAAUCCCCUUCAAAGUAGGCCCCUUGGGACUCAACACACUUAGCCCAGCGGUCCUUCCAUUGCUGGAAACAUUUUGUAAAGUCAGUUUUUGGGAUCGCCAACAUGAUCUUCGUCGCAUUUUUCUUUAUCUCAUUUGUGUCCUCAAAUUUCGAACCCUUCACCAGCAUCUUAAUUUUAGAAAACAGCCAAAAGUCGCAGGGAGCCAUGUCAGGAGAAUAGGAGCCUGCCGGACCUGUGUGAUCCUGUGUUUGGCCAAAAAAUCCUGGACAAGAUGGGAUGAUGAGUGGGCUGGAGCCUUGUCGUGGUGGAGCUGCCAGUUCUCCGCCUCCCACAACUCUUGUCUCUUGCGACACACUGCAUCCCGUAGGCAACGGAGAACUCCCCAGUAGUACUCUUUAUUGAUUGUUUGACCAAGCAAUUAAUAAAGAGUACUGCUGGGGAGUUUCAUUAUCAGAAAUUUCACAUUCAUGGAGUAGACAAAUUAGAGACCAUAUUUCUACUUGCACAAGAUUUUCAUGUUUAUGAAAUUCCGUGCAAGUACGAAGCAUUCAGCCACACAAGAGACUGUGUUAGUUACAUGCACUAAUGUUUUCUCCUUCAGCACAUUUUAUGGAUGACUCUUUUCAAUAUAACUGACCAGAUAGAUCGCUGUGUUCCCAGUAGGGUACUAACCCCAACGAUCAAAGUGGAUCAUGGCUUGGUUUUGCUUUCAAAUUGCGCACCUUUAUUUUGCUGGGACUGCAAAGCCUCGCAGCUACUAAAUUGGGGAAAAAUUGUAUGUAGUACUAACUGUAAGCCUCCCCACCACAUUCCCGGUACCUUCCCCUAUUAUAUCCGUCAGUAACUUUUUGAUUGUGAUGCUGUGUAGAUGCCGCUCCUCCUCCUCUCAUCCUUCCGCCUCCCCUGACCCUUCCUCACUUCCCUUCACUUGUCCCCCCCAUCACUCCUGACCUCUCCUCAGUACCCGCCAUUGGCCUCUCAUCUCCCCUGACCCCUCCUCGCUACCCGCCAUUUAUCCCCCCAUCUCCCCUGACCCUUCCUCACUUCCCUUCACUUGUCCCCCAUCUCCCCUGACCCUUCCUCACUUCCCUUCACUUGUCCCCCCAUUUUCCCUGACCCUUCCUCACUUCCCUUUACUUGUCCCCCCAUCUCCCCUGACCCUUCCUCACAUCCCUUCACUUUUCCCCGCAUCUCCCCUGACCCUUCCUCACUACUUUCCAUCUUAUUUACUCAUUCACCACCAGCAUUAUACUUUGCAUUUUUUGUUAUUUUUGUGUUUUCCAUGUUCCUACACAUUAUUAUUUUUUCCCUUUGGGGUAGUAACGAUCCACUACUGGUAUGUACAGGUAUUUUUAUUAUACAGGUAACCCUAGUUUAGUGAUCAGCACGCUUUCCUGAAAAAUCGAUCACUAAGUGACAUGAUCACAAAACAAGGGAUACCUGUACCUAUUUACAAACUAGAAACUUUUUUGUACCUAUGAAAAGGUCUAAAAGUUACUUUUUUAUUUUUGGGGGGUGGUUGACAGAAAGGGUGAAGUGGUCCAUCAUUGAUGGUCCACUAUGCCAUUUAAAUGGCCUAUAUAGGAUUUUUUUCUGAAUAUUUUUAUUUUGUGCAUCUGAAGAAAGCAACACUGGGGACAAUUUGCAUACUUAAGGGGUUAAGUUAUUUGAAUAUAAUAUAGUCACUUGGUAAUCAGUGUUAAGUUUGUGUUAGACGUGGAGUGUACAGCCAGAUUAUGUAAGGCACUGUAUACACACAAUAACAGUUAACCCUCCA